AUGGCGUCGAAGCUCUGUGACUCGUGCAAAUCGGCAACGGCGACUUUGUUCUGCCGAGCUGACUCAGCCUUCCUCUGCGUCAACUGUGACUCCAAGAUCCACGCCGCCAACAAGCUCGCUUCCCGCCACGCCCGAGUCUGGCUCUGCGAGGUCUGCGAGCAAGCCCCCGCUCACGUAACGUGCAAGGCCGACGACGCCGCUCUCUGCGUCACGUGUGAUCGAGACAUACACUCGGCCAACCCUCUUAGUCGCCGCCACGAGCGAGUCUCCGUGACGCCCUUCUACGACUCGGCUAACUCGGCCGCCAACUCAGCCCCCGUCGUCAAAUCUGUCGUCAACUUCCUCGACGACCGUUACUUCUCCGACGUGGACGGUCAAGACGCAGAGACUGAGGUGAGCAGGGAAGAGGCCGAGGCUGCUUCGUGGCUGCUCCCAAAUCCGAAGGCAAUGGAGAAUCCGGAUCUGAACUCGGGCGAGUACUUUCUCCCGGAAAUGGAUCCGUAUUUGGAUCUGGACUACGGACACGUGGAUCCGAAGCUUGAAGAUGCUCAGGAGCAGAAUAGUUGCGGUACAGACGGCGUUGUGCCGGUUCAGAGCAAAAGCGUUCAGCCUCAGCUCGUCAACGACCACAGCUUCGAAAUUGACUUCUCCGCCGCGUCCAAGCCAUUCGUCUAUGGCUUCCACGCUCAGUGUCUGAGCCAGAGUGUAUCAUCGUCGUCUAUGGACGUUAGCGUUGUGCCAGAUGGCAACACGACGAUGACGGACGUGAGCGAUCCUUACACCAAGUCAAUGAGCUCGGCCGUGGAGGCAACACAUCAGGCGGUUCAGAUUUCAUCGGCGGAUCGCGAAGCGAGGGUGUUGAGGUACAGAGAGAAGCGAAAGAACCGAAAGUUCGAGAAGACGAUACGUUACGCUUCGAGGAAAGCGUAUGCGGAGACCAGACCGCGAAUCAAAGGCAGGUUCGCUAAGCGCACAGAAAUGGAAAUCGAAGCGGAACGUCUGUGCCGGUACGGCGUCGUUCCGUCGUUCUAG